AUGACAUCAACUAGAGACCAAAGUCGUCACCAAUGGCUGGGGUCCAACAACGACAGUGACUUGCUCAAUUUGGACAAUGCAGAAUCAGCAGGUCUGGAUUUAGGCCUUGGGCAAACACUCGAGCCCAAAAACUUCGACCCUUUGAAUCUAGAGAUCCCAGAUGUAGAGCUGGCAAACCUUUUCCCAAGCAGCUACGAAGACAUCGACGAUUUUUUGACGCAGGAGUUGAAAGAUCUCGAUAUUCCUAUGAUACCGCAGAGGUUGAAUACAAAUACAAAUGGCCAUGCUGAUUUAAGUUCUCCGGCGCGGUGCGAUACGGGCUGGAACCGUGACAUAAACCUGCCAUUGGGAACCCCGCAAAAGUCUCACAAACGUGGACCCAGUGGAACCGCGAUCUUUGGCUUUGCAAACCACAACAAACAACUCAGCCUUACGAAAAACAAUUUUGACGAAAACACACUCCAUGGCACAAGCCAAGCUCGGGCUCCGAAUUCCUCUUACGACGCUGCCAUUGCCGGUAGGGAGUAUCAGGCUCAAAACAACAAUUUGAAUUCAUUGAUCUUGAAGCAGCAAGAAGAACUGAGACUGGCUCUCGAAAGGCAACAAGUAAUGAAUGCACAAUUGGAAGAACAACUCAGAAGCAGCCAACGCCAACAGCAGCAACUACAAAUGGCAUUGAAAGAGCAGGAGUACGCUGCACAGCAUCUAGCGGUUAAUGUUUCUCCCGCCAAAACCCCAUCAUCAAGAACAUCGCAUCUUGGAGAAGACGGUAAAAACAUAAUUGUCACAAGCAAUAGCAAAUCCGGUGGAUACAAGUUUCCAGCUCAGCAACGUCUGCAGAAACCUAUCGUCAACACAUCAAAAAAUGGUGUCAUAUCGCCUGUCUCAGGUACAUCCAUGAACGGCUCGCCUAAUAGGAAAAACUGCGACACACGGCAUAAUCCGCAACCGCUAAAUCUCAAUACGCUAAACAACUUUAGCGAUAGUGGAGAAGAUUAUUCUAGUCCUGAAAACUAUUUUGGUCCUACAAAUUUGAACCCCAAGGUCUCCGUAGAGACCGUUCAGAGGAUGAGCAAGUAUUUUGAACAGGUUAAUGCCAAAAAUGCAACAAAUGCGAGCGGGCGUCUUGAAAAUACCAAUCCAAUAACGCCACAGAAUAGAAUACUUGUGGGUGGGAUGUCCUCAACUUCGUCCUCACCACGAGCAAGUCAUCAUCGAGCAAAAGAAUCCAUUUCGUCUAGCGCCUCAACUAUUCCCCAGUUAUGCGACGAUGAUGAUCGCCAUAAUCAUGUCUCUGGUUCGACGAACAGAGGUUCGAUUGGGUUGGGUAUUCGACCUGGUAACGAGGUUCCCAAAAGAAAAUACCUAUUGAAUAGACCACCACCAUUAGAACUUUUACCAACCAUACCUGGAUCUUCCGAAAACACACCAAUGAACAAAAAACAUCCUGGAAGCGUCAGCUCCGCAGGCCUUCCUCAAAAACACGUUUUUCAACAUACUCCUACGAAAGCUACAAUUGAUCCCAGCAAUGUGUCAUAUUCCAGCUCUAGGUAUCCAGCCAGUAGACCUGUGUUCAAAACAUUGAAUGAGGACCUGAGGCCGCCAAGUGAGCAUGAGAGAGACCACGAAGACGAGGACGGCGAUGAAGGACCAGAGAGUGAGUUCAAGUACGCCCAAACACCUUCGCCCAUAUUAAGAUCGCAAGGCCGUUUCGAGGAUUCCAGUCCUUAUCUUGACCAUGAGCAGCACUAUGAGGAUAAUUGUGGACAAUAUGAUGAUGCAGGAGAAUUUCAUCCAGAUCAUGACCAUUUGUCUCACAACUGCAGUCCGCUGAAGAUCACAAAAAAACCUACCACUUUGCCACCUGGUGAGAUUGACAGAUACGUUCAAGAACUUUCAGAUAAAAGCUUCGAAUGUCUUUAUCCCGGUUGUGGAAAGACUUUCAGAAGACGCUACAACAUUCGUUCACAUAUACAGACACAUUUGGAAGACAGGCCUUACAUUUGUGACUACGAGGGUUGUGACAAAGCAUUUGUACGAAAUCAUGAUCUGGUAAGGCACAAGAAGAUUCAUGCCGAAAAGUCCUUUGCGUGCCCUUGUGGUAAAAAAUUUGUACGUGAAGACGCACUCAUUGUUCACAGAUGCCGGAUGAUAUGUGUGGGGGGUAAAAAAUUCAACAAUGUUGUCAUAAAGAAAUCGCCCAGGCGGCGAGGUAGGCCUAGGAAAGAUGGCACAUUUAGUGUCACCAGUAGCCCUGUUAAGGAUUCCAUUACUCGCCAUAACAACGGAACAAUCGCUCUACAGAUGGAGGAGCAACUUCAGCGAGACAUGAUCGAAAAUGGGCUUCUAAGGCCCACUUACUCGAACAGAGGUGACUGGUCCGAGCGAUAG